AUGAUUCGCACACGUGCGCAGAUCGACACGGAAGAGUGGGAUUGGAUCCGUGACUCGGACGCGGAGAUGGUGCACUACCUCAACGAACCAGAACGGCAAGGAAUCACGCCUGAAGACGCCGCCGACUGGUGGCUGAAGAAGGUUGUCCCGGAGUUGCGGGACAAACGUGGGAAGAAACUUGUCGGACCUGCUUGUGCGAGUGACGAGGCAGGAGACAAGUGGCUUGCAACGUUUAUGGAUCUCGUGGGAAAGUCAGAAAACGGGAAUCCAGACUUUCUUGGUGUUCACUACUACAGCGGUGAUUUGGAACAUGCAAAACGGUACAUCACGUCUAUGCACGAGAAGUACGGCCUCGCACUCAAUGUUUCCGAGAUCGCGUCCAUUAGCCGCGACGGAACAGAGGUUGAGAGGUUCACAGAGAAGCUGAGCGAAUGGAUGGAUGGGCAAGAAUGGAUCGAUGAGUACGGCUGGUUUGGGUGCAUGGCACACUGUGCCGACGAUUUUGUUAGCCCCGCGGCGCAAUUGAUGGAUGAUAAAGGCCAGUUUACGCCACUUAUGAGGCUCCUAAUGAAGACGUCGUAG